GAAGCUCAGAUUGUCGAUAAACGUUAAACGAAUUUUCCAGAGUAUAACAUAUAAAAGUAGAAACGGGGUAUAAUGUUCUUCAACCCCUUGAAAGUUGUUUUGGUUGUGACUCUUUUGGCCAUAUGCCAACCACAAGAAUCACAUUCGCAAUUCCUUCAACGUCAACAACAACAGCAACCCUUCAUUAACAACGUUCCUCGUACCGGUUCAGUAUCAAAAGCCAGUAGUAAUGCCUACGAACGUCAAGUGGAACUUGGCAGACUAGAGGCUUCUCGUGGUGUUGUCAAUGCUAAAACUGUAACGAAAACUAAUGGAGGUUUCGCUAAUGGUGGUACCACCACUGUAGCCAAAAGUCAGGCUAAAUCGAAAGAAGUCAGUUUAGGUCGUUUGGAUAUUGGUAGUACUCUAACACGCACAAAGACUAUGACCAAUGGAGCCGUUUCAAAAGCUGUUGGUUAUGAUUUGAAUGUUGGUAGGUUGGGUAUUGAAUCUUCAUUGUCUCGAGAUAAUUUGCGCAAUGGUUUGGGUAUUAAACGUGAUAAAGAUGGCGGCUUAGGUCUUAAUUUGGGUCUUUUGAAUAUUGAUUUAUCACGUAAUCAAAAACAACAACAGCCAGCCCAGGCCCUAACACAUGCGCAAGCCCAGGCUCAGGGUGUUGAUGCCAUUGCUAAAUCUAACAGCAAUUCACAAAGUCAGUCGAAACAAUUUGGCAAACUUGGCAUAACCAAAACCAUGUCCAAUUCAAAUGCCAUCAGUCGCACACAAAAUGGCCAGACAUCAGCCUCGGCUGGCGGUUUAGCGGGAGGAGCUGCAGCAAAUGUCAACAGUUUUGGUCAAAAUAGAAGACGCAGAAACCCUACAUCCGUUUUCGGUCUACCCCAAAGAAUUUUUGUUAGACCCAAACGUAAGGCUCAAUUUAUACCUUUCGCUUAUCCCGGCAGUGACUUUGCGCGUCCAAGACGUCAAUUUGGUAGACCCUCAUUUGGUUUCCAACGCCCCGGUUUCGGUUUCCAACAACCCAACUUUGGUUUCGGUGGUCCACAGAAACAAAACGCAAAUGCUCAAGGAACAGCCAAUAAUGCUUUUAAUGGUUUCGAACAACAAGCCGGUGCUAAUACCCAAAGCAAUCAGGAACUAAAUGCCAAUGGUUUUUUCCAGAAUAACGGUGCUUCCAGUAUUGGUUCAAAUUUAGCUACAGAUGGCAGCAGUGGUCAGUUAAGUUCUGCUAAUGUUAAUCAAGAUAGUUCCUUAACAAAUGGUGGUUCUCAAAGCUCUAACAAUGCUCAAAGUCAAGCUCUAAACUUUGACAAAAAUCAGCAACAGGCUGCUAAUGCCAAUGCUGGCACCAAGGAAACACAAACCGCUACUGGUGAACGUUAUGAGGCCAAUGGUGGUUCACAAUCGACAAAUAACAAUGAAUUUGGUACUUCUAGCAAUAUAGCCAAUACCAAUUCAGUGGUCUUCCAAGAGGGUAACAUCCGUGGUUCCCAAGCCGACUCUAGCAGUCAAUCGAUUUUCCAAGGAAAUAAUGGACAAAAUGCUGGAGCCCAAACUAAUUCUAAUGUUAAUUCCGUACAAGGACCCAAUGGAUUUGUCAGCAACAGUGCCAGCAGUAAUGCCUCGGCGGUUAGUCGUGGUGGUCAAUCGGCCAAUGCGAAUGCUGUAGCUUCUGCUAACUCAAAUUCUAAUGGCAGAGGUGGCAAUGCCUUUACAAAUGCCAACAGUAAUGUUGGUGGUUUCGGCGGUUUUGGUGGCUUUGGCGGUGCUAAUGCCAAUAGUGGAGCUUUUGGUAACUUUGGUGGUGCCCAAGGUUUUGCCAACGGUCAAUCGGGAUUCCGAGGUUAGAAUAAUUACGUUAUUAAAUUCUUGAUAAUAUGCACUGUGUGUAUGUGUGUCACUUUAACUACAUGCGAUAAAUACUUUAAAUUAUUUUUAAACAAUAAAAUGUUAAUUAUAUAUUUUUUUAAUAUUUUUUUAUAUAAAUUA